GUAUACAAAUGUAAACAUAAGUACGUUCGCUCUUUUUGUUCACUCAAAAGUGUGCACUGUUUUUGGGCGUUUCAACGCCAUUUCUAAUAUCUAAGUACAUUUGAGUAUUUGUAUUUGCUAAUAUAAUAAGCAAAACGAGCACGUAUAAGCAUGGACUAUCAAAAUACCGAAAAAACGGCAGUAGAUGUCAAAAACUAUGAUUUCAACCAACACCUUGUAGACCGUGGUCAUACGAGAUUCAAGGCACCAUCAAAAGUAUGCAUUUGUAAAAGGUCAUACCAGCAUAUCUUGUGUCAUUUUUGUGGCCACUUAAUGUUUGGCAGGGUGCGUUAUACCUGUCAAAUGCAUCGAAUGACAAGCUAUUUGAUUGAUAUCACCAACUGUGUUAGGUGCAAGUCCAACGACUUUAACUUAUCAGAAUUGUCUAUAGUAUAAUCUAAGCUUUAUUCUUUAAAAAUCAAAAGUCCACUUGAUAAGUAUAGUGUAACAUUUUACUUAUAUUCUAAGAAGUCGUGUAAUGUACUUACGUACCUGGAUCUCGCAAAU